UGUCGCCUUACUUCUUUUGAUGUGGAUUUCACGUGCUGUGUCUCUGUACUUCUCGUUCCAGCGGCUUGCAGUUUGUCCACGUUCUUCGGUGUAGCCGCCCGCCGGUCAGCUGGCUUCCUGUACGUGGCCAUCUUACACACGUUUCACGCCAGCCGAAGCGAGGCCGCGUGGGCAGUCAUCAUCAUGACCGGCAUUAUAUCGCUAGCAGGACUGAUCUCUGGUCCAGUGGCGCACAAGUACACAGCCAGACCCGUGGCCAUCACGGGAGGCGUGAUAGCGGCGUUGGGACUCAUGCUGUGUUUCUUUGCAACGCGCAUUGAACACCUCAUCAUGAGUCUCGGAAUACUCCACGGGAUACCUUUUCGUGCUUUUCUUUUCUCUCUUUCUUUCUCUCCGCUUGCCCUGACUCCAGCGAUUGGGAGCGGCUUGGUGUUCGUCGUAAUUCCGACGGUUAUCAACGAGCACUUCGUCCGCUAUAGGGGUCUGGCCAUGGGCAUCAACUUCGCUGGCUCCACCAUGGCGACGUUCGCAUUCCCCAAGAUGCUGGAGGUGCUCACGGACACGUACGGGUUCCGGGCGGCCAUGCUGCUGUUCGGUGCCAUCAGCCUCAACUCCGUCGCCUUCAGCCUCUUCCUGAGGCAGCCGGCUUGGUUAAAAAGGCGCCUGGAGGUUCAAGCGAAAGCAGCAGCCGCAGCAGCCCAGAUAGCCGUGGAUGCUCAAGCAAUGUGCGACGCUCCCAAAGACUCGUCGGGAGUUGUGAAUCGUGUCUCACCAAAGAAGAAAGCUCGCAGUGCACCAGCACUAGGCUCGUUCCGGCACGCGCUGACGGUGUUCUCUUGCCCCAUGUUCUACCUGGUCGCCUACUCGUACAUCGCUUUCAUCUUCGCCUUCGAGUGUUACAUCUCGCUUCUGGUGGACUUCGCUACGGACAAGGGCAUCAGCUUUUCUCGAGCCAUCACCAUGCUCUCCAUGAGCUCGGUUGCAGACUUGGUGGGCCGUCUCACGCUGCCUCUGGCAGCAGAUAGGGGCUACAUCGGUCGCCAGACGCUACUGACUGUCUCGUUCCUGUGCCUCGGGUCGCUGUUCGUGCUGCUUCCCAUGGCCUCGAGCUACGUCACCGUGUUUGCCUUCGCCACUGCGAUCGCCUUCUGCAUCGGCGUUGCAAUUUGCUUGUUCUCGGUGCUACUGGCGGAAUACGUGGGCAUCGAUCGUGUCUCCAUGGCCUACGGCAUGGUGUCCGGAUUCUCCGGUGUCACGUCGCUGUUCAAGCCGUUGAUAAUCGGUUAUUUCAGGGACGUCGUCGGAGCCUAUGACAAGCUCUUCAUAAUCUGCGGAUCUGCAGUCAUCCUGGGGGGUUUGAUUUGGAUCGCAGUUCGCCUAGUAGAGACGACCAAGCGGUCCAGGCGAUGGAAUCUCGGCGAUUGCGAGAGGAAGAUCAGUGUACAAGCGCCAUCCGUUCUACCGAAGUAUAUCUGCAAUGCAACAGAACUCCCCGCUGCGUACUCCCUGUGACAAGCUUUACUUCCCCAGUGUAUGCAGUGCAGCAGUGUGACUUCACUCUGGCGUACACGGGACACAGUAUGCAUUUUGUGCCUCCCGAGGAGCUUCGUGUGACGGCUCUGUCCUCUUGAAAGCCGUCAGAACUCUGGAUUGAACACAAGUUCCAGCCGCCAUGCUCAUUAUACGUCAUUUUUAAGAGAUAGCUCUCUGUGGUUCUUCCCGUAUUCUUGCGAUCUGUCAGUUUUUCAUUGCUUGCUGUCAGCUUCGUGAACACUGGAUUUCACUAGGUGUUACUAGGCGCCGAAUGAAAGUAGCACCGGACGGCACCAUAUAACUAUCUUAUGAUGACCAAGUAUGGUGCACCUUUGUUAUACGCUAGGAAAAAUUAUUUCCUGCAUAAAACCAGAACAUAUAAGGUCAGCUCACAGGCAUUUCCAAAGCAUAGCCAUUGGUUAAUAGCGUGGUGAAUUAUAUUUAAGAGACUCUUCGCGUUACUCGUUUUUUUAUUUAGCCAUUCAGUAACUGCUUUUUGCGUGUUAGCGUGUUCUUUGCCAAUUUUCGUGACUGAGCAAGUCCCACUACUAUUCCGACAUAAAACUCAUCAAAAUUAACCAAACCAAACCACUCUUAGUGUUUCAUUACAUAUGCACCACACAUUGUCAGAAUAAAUCAUAGGCAGUUACCAUAAGAAAUACCACGCAACAAAAAAAGAAGAAAGAAGGCGUGGCUAUUUAUUUCUGACUAUUGUAAAAAGGAGAAACCAUGUAACUAUUUAAAUAUGUUAUACUUACUUGUAUGUUAUAUGUUUGCAUGUCUCCGUUACUGAUGCAAUGUGCUGAGGGAUGUU